ACGACGACGAACUGCACACUCGAUCAUUUCCGAACCGCAGUUAGUUGUAAAUUACAUUCGGAGUGUCGCCUAGAAUGUUAGUAAUAAUAAACAUUGUAAUAAUAACUUCGAUUUGGCUUCGAUUUUCUUUUUCGCUUGAGUGACAUUUGAUGCCCAUUAGGCAACCUCUAUACGCGUGUGUGCUUCAAUAUUGUUUUUUUGCAUUGUUUUUAAAAAAUAUUUUUGUGCUUAUAUGUUUUGUUUGGUGAUAAUGCCGAGUGCUGCUGAGCGGCAACCUGUAACCCUUUUUUUUAAUUUCUACCUGAUCCCGCUCGUUGCUUAAAGGCAUUAGUCAUGAAAGCCAGGUCGGCUUUUGAAUCACCAGCAGUAAUAAUAACAACAACAACAACAAUCACAACAGUGGAGCGUCCCCAACAACAACAACAACAACAACAGCAAGCGAAUGAAUGGCAAAUGCCGUAAACUGUUUACAUUGCUCACCACAGCAUUACUCACUCACCUCUCUACCUGAGAGCAAAAGGGAGUUGGAGUAGAGAAAACAUAACAAAACACACAACAACAAAAAAAUCAACUCUACUCAAAUUAAUGCAAAGAAAGGGGAGCAAAAGAGAUCGCAGCUGCACUAGUUUCGAUUACGUGAGCAGCAAAUAAAUAAAUAAACAAGCGAUUUCCAAUCCUCCUCUCUCACUUACUCACUGAUAACACGUAUACGCACCCGUGCACCUACACACGUGCAAAAUCGACAGGAGAGAGAGUGUGUGAGAGAGACACGAUCGGUAGGAUUACCAAAUAAAAAACAACAACAAUAAAAUUAGAAAAAAAUUCAGCGACUAGAGCAUCAGAAUGAGUGACGAGUCUACGGUUGACCUAGGCGAUGGCUAUCCCCCCUUGGAGGCGCUGACAACAACCACGACGAUGGCUUCGCCAACGGACGAGGGCGGCUUCUCACAGUCCCUGUUGACCUUUGCCGCUGUGAUGACCUUCCUGAUCAUGAUCGUUGGCAUUUGUGGCAACCUCCUCACCGUCUGGGCCCUGCUCAAGUGUCCCAAAGUUCGCAAUGUGGCUGCGGCUUUUAUUAUUAGCCUAUGCAUUGCCGAUUUGCUAUUCUGCGCCUUGGUGCUACCCUUCCAAGGUCUACGCUUUGUCCAGGGCACUUGGCGUCAUGGCGCCAUACUCUGUCGCCUGAUACCCUUCAUUCAGUAUGGAAAUAUUGGUGUCUCAUUGCUCUGCAUUGCCAUGAUCACGAUAAAUCGUUAUGUGAUGAUCACACAUCAUGGCUGCUAUGCGAGGAUCUAUAAAAGCCAUUGGAUUGCUAUAAUGAUCGCUGCCUGUUGGCUCUUCUCCUAUGGGAUGCAAUUGCCAACUCUGCUGGGGGAAUGGGGUCGCUUUGGCUACGAUUCUCGCCUGCAAACCUGCUCCAUUAUGACCGAUGAUCAUGGUCAUAGCAGCAAGACGACACUCUUUAUCACAGCCUUCGUGAUACCCUGCCUGGUGAUCAUUGCCUGUUAUGCCAAGAUCUUUUGGGUGGUUCACAAGUCGGAGCAGCGGCUGAAACAGCAUGCCACCAAGCAGAACUCCAUACCGAAUAACCUAAGGCCAACGCCAGGAGCUGGAUCGGGUGCAGGAGUAGGAGCAGGAGCCGGAGCAGGAGCCGGAGCAGGAGCAGGAGCAUCAUCAGGCGGUGAUAAUGGGAAUCGCGUGUCCACGGACAGUAGCAGUAGCUAUUCCACCGAUGUCCCCGAGACGGCGCCCACGGGCAAGCAGCAGCAGACCACCAGGAUCAAGGAUCAACGGGAGGUGCGGGCCAAACGCAACGAGUGGCGCAUUACCAAAAUGGUUUUAGCCAUUUUCCUAUCCUUCGUCAUCUGUUAUCUGCCCAUCACCAUUGUCAAGGUGGCCGACAAGGAUGUGGAGCAUCCCAGUCUACACAUUUGCAGUUACAUCCUGCUCUAUCUCUCCGCCUGCAUUAAUCCCAUCAUUUAUGUGAUUAUGAAUAAGCAAUAUAGAAAGGCAUACAAGACAGUGGUCUUUUGCCAACCGGCUCGCCUCCUUCUGCCCUUUGGUAAGACCAAUGGUGCUAGCAGUGCUGCAGAGAAAUGGAAAGAUACCGGGUUGAGCAACAACCACAGCCGCACCAUUGUCUCCCAGAUGUCGGGAUCAGGGACGGGAACGGGCACGGGAACGGGAACGGGAACGGGCACGGGAACGAGCCCACAGCAACCUCAGGCAGUGCAGCAGGCCUUGGAGCUUCAGUCCCGCGGACCGGACUUGAUCAGCAAAUGCAAUCUGCAGGCAACUCCGGUGUCAUCGGUUACUCCACCGCCGCCAUCGGUGCUCAUGGCCACAGUGGCGUCCAACAACAAUCGAUUGCCGAUCAAGAAGAGCAAUCACUCUUACACAAACAGCGGAUUCAACAGCAGCAGCAGCAGCAUCGGGAGUCCGGGGAUCAGCGGUUCCAUCUAUCGACCGGGAACUGGAAUCGUAUCAGCGGGGAUACGACGCAUCACAAUGGUGGGCGACGACAUCAUAUUGGAGGAGGAGGAGAUGCCAACGACGCCAACUACACCGAUGUCAUCGGCACCACAGACGCCAGCACCAGCGCCACCAUUGCCGCUCCUCACGUUAUCCGUCCGAACACAUCCUUUGUCCAUGAAUACAACAAAAGGUACAGCGGGAGCAGCAGCAGCGGUGGCGGCGGUGGCGGCGGUGCCAGUGAAAUCACCGGUGACACCGCCCAUUUACAUGAACGUGGACAGUCCGAAGAGAAACCAAUCCUAUUCCGAACGUAAUAUGAGUAAUAAUGGUCAGGAGAAUGAUGCCACAACCAUAACAACCACAUCAACAGCUGUAAACAAUACCGGCUCCAAGCUAACGGCCAAGAUGAAAUUCCCAAAAGACUAACGAAAAUGCUUUAAGAAAUAUUCCAAAAAUGAAAAACCCUAAAAUUCGUUAUAAAACAUAAACAUAAAACAUUAUAUUAUAUUAUAUUACAUUACAUUACAUUAUCUUUUAUGCCAGGAAACCAAGAACAGUCCAUGGUUUCUUUGUAGACUCUAACUCUACUAUAUAGUCCUAUAUCUUCCAUAGAAUAGUCACUGAAAUUGUGCCAUAGACUAGAUAGUUCUUUUUUUUUUUUGCUUAAUGAUACCCAAACUUUUGGAAAUUAGUUAUUUUGUAACUUACUUUAUUUUAGAUUUUGAUAUAUUCUAUUUAAUUUUACCUUUUUUUUUUAUUCUUUCCCUUAACUUAGUCUGAUUCUUUGUCUAUCCUCCAGUUUUUUUACCCAGAACUUAUGUUAUUUUGUAGAUAUUUAUGAUCGCCCAUGCUUAGUAUUAACCCAAACUCUAUAUAUGCUAUAGAACCACUUUGAAACCGAAGUUGGAGUCCAAGUUUUGAUUUCUUUCAGCUUAAAACAUUCCAUUUCAAACGUAGGCCUUUGUAAAUGAACCUAUUGUUAGUACCACAAGCACUCCAUUUGACGACAGACGUAAUCGAAUAUGAAUAUAAACAUUUAUGUUUACAUGAAAAA